AAAUGAAAAGCAUUGAUUCUGGUUGCAUUUUACUGACACAAGAGGGCAGAAGUGAACUUUUGGCUGUUGGUCAUUGUGAUUAGUUCUGAAAGCUUGAGCCGAAAUUUUUACACUGUGUUGUCUCGGAGAGACCAACAGUGAUGACCAGACCAGACUAGACGCCAAAUUACUAAUAUAACGUGGCAGACUCUCGUUGAAGUUCACUCUGUGGGAAGAUCGGCGCGCGCAGCUCGUGCGCUAUCGUGGAAUGAUUUAUUUAGCAAUUAAUAUUUGCCUCGUAGAUUCUUUUUCUAUUGUUCUGCAACUUGUCACUAUUAAAUGAAGGACACUAUUGAUUUUUACCAUCAACUGUUCUCUUUUUAAACUUGAAAUCCAGACUGGGCGACGAUCAUCAAUAUGCAUGAGUCAUAAGCUCCGGGCUUCCCCGGUUUCUCUUUUAUUGAUCCGCGUCUGCUGCUCUGAUAACUGCCAAACGACAAGAUGAGAAAACUCGGGUACCAUGUCUUAUCCACGCAGACUGGAGAGUAAUUGUCGGGUGUUAGGGUGACAGUCACGGACAGGUUGAUCGUGAUGGAUGUGAGGUGUCGGUUCGUCUUUACGGUCUGCGCGCUUCUGCUUAUGAUCGCGCGCACUGGCGGCUCUCCGUUCACUGACUGUGUUCAGAGCAAAGGGAAAGCGGGCUUUUACGAGGGGUCCAUUGACUCAACCGAAUCAGGCGUGAAGUGCAUGAACUGGAGCGAUGUGCCCGGUGUUAGAGAGCGGUAUCAAGGUAAAGGGCUCGGAGAUCACACUUUCUGCCGAAAUCCGGACGGGAGAAUUCGGCCCUGGUGCUUCUUCACGAACAACAGAGGACGCAUUGACUGGGGAUACUGCGACUGCAAGCAGGGCUCUUUGCGACUGCAGGGAGGCAGAUCUAAACUGGAUGGUACAGUAGAAGUGUAUCUCAAUGGUGUGUGGGGAACCAUCUGCAGUAAUGGCUGGGAUGACCAAGAUGCCGCUGUGGUGUGUCGACAGCUGGGACAGGGCUAUAGAGCACAUGCACGCAUGAGUCCUCUGUCACGUCUGGUGGUGUCUGUAGUUCACUGGCAGACUGUGGGCUGUGAAGGACAGGAAGAUGACUUACUGCAAUGCAAUCGCACCGUCUGGAACGGGGGAGAGUGUGAGAAUCGCCAAGCGGCUGCUGUUUCUUGCAUGCCGGUGGAGACUUCAGUGUUUGUCCCAGUGCGGCUAUCUGGUGGUCCAUCGGCAUAUGAGGGCAGAGUAGAGGUGUAUCAUGCAGGACAGUGGGGCACAGUUUGUGAUGACCAAUGGGAUGAUAACGACGCUGAGGUGGUCUGCAGGCAGCUGGGGUUAGGUGGCAUUGCGAAGGCUUGGGUGGGAGCGUAUUUCGGCGCAGGCUCUGGGCGUGUGUUUUUGGAUGAGGUGAGCUGCACCGGAAAUGAGCUUUCAAUAGAGCAGUGUCCAAAAACUGCCUGGGGGGAGCAUAACUGUGACCACACAGAGGAUGCUGGAGUGUCCUGUGUACCACUUACAGACGGUGCAGUGCGUCUGGUUGGGGGUGUAAAGGGUUAUGAAGGGAGACUGGAGGUCCAUUACAGAGGACAGUGGGGGACUGUGUGUGAUGAUGGCUGGACACAGACUAACACACAGGUCGUCUGCAGGCAGCUGGGUUUCAGGUCAGGGGAGAGUGUAUCAGCAGGGCGGUUUGGGAUAGCGGCAGGUCCUGUUCUUCUGGAUGAUGUGCGCUGUACUGGAAAAGAGCCCACGGUCACACACUGCAGCCGGAGGGGUUGGUUUAAACAUGACUGCACUCACAGACAGGAUGUAGCCAUUGUGUGCAGCCCCCAAUGCUCCAGACAUGGAGUACCCAACAGUUUACCUGUGAGGCUGGUGGGCGGAGAGAAUGAGAGAGAGGGGCGUGUAGAGAUCCUGGUGGGUGGCCAGUGGGGGACGGUGUGCGAUGAUGGAUGGACGGAUCGGGACGCAGAAGUGGUGUGCAGACAGCUGGGUUACAGUGGGCUGGCUAAAGCUCGUGUAAUGGCAUAUUUCGGAGAAGGCGAAGGUCCUAUCCACAUUGACAAUGUAAAGUGUACAGGCGGGGAGCAUUCCCUGACUGACUGUAUCAAACAGCCAUUCGGGACACACAACUGUCGCCAUAGUGAGGAUGCCGGUGUUAUUUGUAACUAUGGGUUACAGCAGGAUUCUCCUGGGGUCAAAGAGGCAGUUGGCUCCAUGUGUGGUCUAAGACUCUCUCACACACGUCAGAAGAGAAUUAUAGGAGGAGAAAACUCUCUACGUGGUGGCUGGCCGUGGCAGGCAGCUGUGCGUUUACGGGGUUCUCAGGCAGAUGGACGCUUGGUAUGUGGAGCUACUUUGAUCAGCAGCUGCUGGAUCCUCACUUCAGCUCACUGCUUUAAGAGGUAUGGGAACAGCACAGGGCUGUAUAAAGUUCGUGUUGGUGAUUAUCACUCUCUGGUCCCUGAGGAGUAUGAGGAAGAGUAUGCCGUGGAGAAGAUCGUCCUUCACCCACGCUACCAUGCAGACAGUAGUGACUAUGACCUGGCACUUCUGCGUGUUUCUGGACACAGAGCUCACAGGGGUGUCACGGGCCAAUGCGUCACACUGAGCCGAUCAGUGCUGCCCGCUUGUUUACCAGUGCGGAGAGAGAAAGUGCCAAAGGGCAUUGCCAACUGCUACAUCACAGGCUGGGGAGAUACAGGUCGUGCAUAUUCCAAAACUCUCCAGCAGGCCUCCAUUUCUGUGUUGAGCAAGCGUCAGUGUGAGCAGCGCUACUCGGAGCAGUUCACCAAUCGUAUGCUGUGCGCCGGCUCGUCCCAUGAUGCCCAGCGUGUGGACUCCUGCCGUGGCGAUAGCGGUGGUCCGCUGGUGUGCGAGAGGCCAAGCGGGAGCUGGGUUGUUUAUGGGGUCACAUCAUGGGGUCACGCGUGUCGCCUGCAGGAAGCACCCGGGGUAUACACCAAAGUCUCCGCCUUUGUGCCCUGGAUUAAGAAAGUUAUUGGCCAGUAGAAAAUUAUGGUGAACAAAAUAGUAUUCUGACUUUGUGGGCAUAAACAAUGAAGCACAUUUUAGAUAAUAUUUUGAAAACUAUUUCUUAACACUAGCUGAAAUUACCUUUUAAACAAGUCUUAAAUGCCAGAGAGAAAGGCUACGCUUUGCUUUAAAGGGGCUAUAUGUACGCAUUUUCAUGUAUUUUAUUGCCAUUGUGAGGUUUAUGAAAGGUUGUAGACUGAUACUGUAGUUGUGAAGGACACAAAAGGAUAUGGUGUUUACAAACGCUCCUGAGAGCCUCUCUUUUCUUCUUUGGCACAUGAACGAGUGCUAUAAAAAUGCUUAAGAUCAUGCUGAAAGAGCCGUACUGUAAUGUCAAUGUGUCAAACGAAGAAAGGAGAUUCAUUUAAAUCACAUCUUGUGGAUGUUUAGUCUGUAGUAGGGAUGUACGAUGUUGAUUAAUUAAUUUAAUUAACGUUAAAAGUAAACCUUUGUGACUAGUCUAACAAACCCACAGACUGUUGAAAAACAGUAUUUAUGGUAUAUAGACUCACUGAACACUUUAUUAAGUAGCUACACCUUACUAUACCAGGUUGGACCCACUUUUGCCUUCAGAACUGCCUUAAUCCUUUGUGGCAAAGAUUUCACAAGGGACUGGAAAAU